UGGAGUCUCAGCGGGUUCCCAGAGGGCGGGUGAUUCCCCCCCACCUCCACCCCCAGGCCCCACAUUCACCUUCCUGCAGCUGCUGGCGCUCCAGCGCUUUUCCAGAAAGGCGCUCAGAGGGGUGUCUGGAGAGGGACCUGCUGGUGCCUACGUGGCGGGCAGCCUCCGAGCCGGCCGGGCUGUCCCGGCCAGCGGGAACAUGGGUGUACUCAGGGUCGGACUGUGCCCGGGCCUCACCCAGGAGAUGGUCCAGCUUCUGAGGAGCCGCGGGAUCAAGACAGACGAGGAAAAUCCAAUUGUGGGAGGCCCCAGGCUACUUCCUGCCAAUCGGCUAUGCCGGCUUUGUUUUUAGUGGUGGACCUGGUUUCUGCGGACCUGGAAGAGGUAGCCCAGAAAUGUGGCUUGUCUUACAAGGCCCUGGUUGCUCUGAGGCGAGUGCUGCUGGCUCAGUUCUCAGCUUUCCCCAUCAAUGGUGCUGACCUCUAUGAAGAACUGAAGACCUCCACUGCCAUCCUGUCCACCGGCAUUGGCAGCCUGGACAAAUUACUUGAUACUGGUCUCUAUACUGGAGAAGUGACUGAAAUUGUAGGCGGCCCGGGUAGUGGCAAAACUCAGAUAUGCCUUUGUGUGGCAGCAAAUGUAGCCCAUGGCCUGCAGCAAAACGUCCUGUACAUUGAUUCCAAUGGAGGGCUGACAGCCUCCCGCCUCCUGCAGCUACUUGAGGCUAGGACCCAGGAUGAGGAGGAACAGGCAAGAGCUCUCCAGAGGAUCCAGGUAACACAUGCAUUUGACAUCUUCCAGAUGCUAAAUGUGCUGCAGGACCUCCGAAGCACUGUGGCCCAGCAGGUGACCAGUUCUUCAGGGUCUGUGAAGGUGGUAGUUGUGGACUCAGUCACUGCAGUAGUCUCCCCACUCCUGGGAGGUCAGCAGAGGGAAGGCUUGGCCUUGAUGAUGCAGCUGGCCCGAGAGCUGAAGACCCUGGCCAAGGAUCUGGGCACAGCAGUGGUGGUGACCAACCAUAUGACACGAGACAGGGACAGUGGGAGGCUCAAACCUGCCCUUGGGCGCUCUUGGAGCUUUGUGCCCAGCACCCGGCUUUUCCUAGACAUCAUCAAGGGAGCAGAAGCAUCAGGAAGCCAGCGCACAGUGUGUCUGACCAAAUCUCCCCGCCAGCCAACAGGUUUCCAGGAGAUGGUAGACAUUGGGACCUGGGGGACUCCAGAGCCGAGCCCAGCAAUGCAGGGAGAUCAGACAUGACUGGUGCUGUUGGGCAGCAAGGAGGCUUCGAGUGCCCUCUCAGCUUCCCUCCCAGUAAUGCCUGCUGUUUACUGCCACCCAGCACACGGGAAUGCAGAAGUUCUCAAGCUGGCCAGAAGAGACGUCUCGGUCUCAUCAGCUCACUGUCUGCAGACACAUUUCAAGCUAUAGGCACAAGAGGACACUGCAGCCAGAGGACCGGAAAUUCAUGCUGGCAUCAAGUUUCCUUUCCUUGUUUCUGCCGUGUAUGCUUCCAGUGGGAGCCAAGUUCACCCGGGCUUAGGACAUCUCUGAAGAAGCACGGUAGUGACUGGGUGGAUAACCCUGUGUGUCUCCAUUGUGUCCUGUGCUCCAUCCUAGCACAGAGACCUAGCCAGGAAGACUCUAAUUUGCCUUUGCCUCUCAAUUUUUUUUUGCCUCUGCUUUUCUGUCUAUAAAGAUAGGAGGCCACUUUUCCCUUAGCUCUGUCUCUGAGUUACUGAGUGAAAAUAACUUUAUAAAUGCAAAACUUCUCCCUCUAUGUCCUGCUCUUAAAAAUAUCAAAGGGAAAUUCCCUGAGCCCCAGAGCCACCUGAUUUCUUCCAAAAGGUGAUUUUUCAGUGUUCCCUGAAAGGCCCCCAUGAAGUUAUUCCUGCUUUCCUUUUGCUGAUUUGGUUUCACACACCUGCAUACAUCACCAUGACUGUCAGAAUGUGAGCUUGCUGCAGUCUCAGGGAUAUAAUUUAACAGGAAGGGAGGUAUGACCUGCUCCUGGUGAAUCCAGCCACUUGUUUAAUAUGCAUGGUGCCCUGCAGGCCCCCUCCACAGUAUAGAGUAACCAGAGGUGGUGAACCAUGGUCUUGUCCAUAAAAAGAGGAGAAUUCGCACAGUAAAUAGAGCCAGCUGGGAAAAUUGAUGCUGACGUAAAUAAUACAUGGCUAAUCUAGUCCUUUAUGCAAAACUUCACUACUGAUGGCUCCGAGAUGCAAUAUAAUUACACCUCUCUUCCUGCCAGCUGUACCAGAGCCUAGUACCAUAGUGUAGGAAAUAACUCUCCUGUAUGUUCCCAGCACUGUGGCCUGUGACCCUGGUUGGGAGGGGAGGAUGAUGCCAGGGAAUGAGAAAUAAAAGGCAAAGUAGAGAAA